CACAUACACAAAAAAAGUCCGAAUAUAAAUAUAGCCCCUAUGCACACAACUCAACUCAACUCAAGAAACGGGGAAUGAAAAUGGAGAUAAUAAGUUGGGUUUGGACGACUGGUGCCACAUUGUUGGCAUGGUACUUUGUGUUAAACACAUUGGGGAGAAGGAUCAAUGAAUGGUAUUAUGAUUUCAAGUUAGGAGACAAGCAUCGUCUUCUUCCUCCUGGUGACAUGGGUUGGCCUCUUCUCGGCAAAACAUUGCACUAUUUCAAGCACCCUCAUUUAUUUGUCCACAAUCUUGUUUCCAAAUAUGGAGAAAUUGGAAUGUACAAGACACACUUGUUCAUGAAGCCAACUAUCGUGGUGUCCAGUCUAGAGGCCUCAAGGAGAGUGUUAACUGACGAUAAAAACUUUAGGUCUAGUUAUCCUGAAACCGCCAUAACAGUGGUUAAAACCAUCUUAUCUGAAGUGUCAAGCGAGGAUCGCAAGCGUUUUCGACGCUUAGUCACUUCCCCCAUUCUGGGUUACAAUGCUUUGGCCAUGUUUCUUGAACGCAUAGAGGACAUUGUUGUCAAUUCACUCCAACGAAUGGCCAAUGAUAGCAUACAACAUCCUAUUGAGGUCAUCACCGAGACCAAGUCUCUCUCCAUGAGAGUCAUCCUUCACAUCUUCAUGGGUUCUAAGGAUCAAAACAUAAUCAAGCAAGUUGAACAUUUGUUUAGUGAUAUUGAUGAUGCCUUGUUCUCUUGGCCAAUUAACUUACCUGGUUUUUCUUAUUACAAAGCACUCAAGAACCGCAAGAAGAUGGAAAAAAUAGUUGGAUCCUUUGUGCAAGAUAGAAAGAUGAUGUUAAAAAAUGGUGAAGUAUUAUCAGAGAAGAAAGAUCUUGUGGAUGUUCUUUUGGAACUGGAAGAUGUGAACGGUCGAAAAUUAAAGGAUGAAGACAUUGUUGAUUUGUUGAUAUUAUUCUUAAUAGCUGGUCAGCAGACUACAGCCAGCACUAUAAUGUGGGCAAUGAUUUAUCUUACUAACAAUCCACUUGUCUUCAAGAAAGCUAAGGAGGAGCAAGAAGAAAUCAUGAAGUCAAGGUCACCUUCGCAACAGUAUUUAAGUAUUGAGGAAAUUAAGAAAAUGGUUUAUCUAAGUAAGGUAAUUAACGAAGUGUUACGUGUGACCGAUUUUUCGUUUCUACUUUUUCGAGAGGCGACUGCUGAUGUGAAUAUCAAUGGUUAUACCAUACCCAAAGGAUGGAAAGCAGUAAUUUUACCGAAAACUUGUCAUAUGUCUUCUCAAUAUUUUACCAAUCCAAAAAAUUUUGAUCCUUCCAGAUGGGAUGAUGAUAAUAAUAAUAAUAAUAAUGCAAAUCGAGAAGCCUUCAUUCCUUUUGGAGCUGGAACAAGGAUGUGCGCUGGAAGAGAUCUCACCAAAAUUGAAAUGCUCAUCUUUCUACAUCAUUUCGUUCUUAAUUACAAGUUUGAGCAAAUAAAUCCAGAAUGUCCUGUGUCUUACCUCCCACUACCCGUGCCUAAAGAUAAUUGUCUUGCUAAGGUCGCAAAAGUCUCAAUGGAAUAUCUAAGUGCUUGAUGUGCAAGAUCAACUCAUAGGAAGCGUUUCAGGUAUUCUAGUGUAUUUUACUGGAAGUCUGGUAUACUAUAGGUUAUAUCCAUUGAGAUAUAUGAUAAAAUAAUAGAAGGAUUCGGAUGAAUUGGAAGCAGACUGGUGUAUAUAUCAGGUGAUGUGCGUGCAUGGUGGGCGUGUUACCCAUUUUUUCUUUCUCCAGUGUGUUAGUGCGUUAGAUGUCUUUCUUGUCUAGGCUGGCGCGAGUUGGGGUAGUAGUGGUUGUCCUAAGCGCUGAGCCGGAUGUGAUGGUUCUGGACUUGGGCUCGUAUUUUUUUGUGGUACUUUGAGAUUGAGGUUCGUUAAAAAUAAACUCACUUUUUGUUUA